CUAGGCAAACCAACCUGGGCCCAACACAUCCGCCACGUCCAACACGCGCACGGCCCCCAAAAAACCAAAACCGACCCAGACUGGGCCAAAGACAUAAUCACGAUGGACACUCAAUUACGGGAGAUCGGGCAACGCGAGAUCUACCUCCGUGAGGAAAUAAAAGUGCUGACCUCAGCCGACCAGCAGCCACAAACGUCCGAGCAACGCGCACAGCUGGCCAAAUGGCAAAUGGAGCUCGAGGACCUGGCGAGGAAGUACUGGCAUCUGGAGCGGGAGUUUUACCGGCGGGAGGCGUCUGUUUCACCUGGGCCGUUGCAGAGGGCGUAUGCUACCUGGAGGAGUAAUCCGGAGUGGUAUCUGUUGGGGCAUUUGAGGGAUGAUUGUGCGGGGAGAGGAGGGUGUUGUGGGAGGAGUUGUGGGUGUUGUGAAAGGGCGAGGGAUACGGAGAAGAGGAUUCGGUUGGGGCAUUGUACGAUUGAGUGUGGAUGUUGUCGGAGGGCGAGGGGGUUUGAUUUGAAUCAUGAAGAUCGGGUGAGGUAUCAGAAGUUGUUUGAUUGUGAUUUGAAGGAGAAUGAGGCGUUGUGGGAUUCGUUGAAGUUGGCUUAUGUUUUUGGGUUGGUUUGAUGCUUAGUUAGGGCUUGAGUGUUGUGUUGUAUAUCUCGGUGGGACGUGACAGCCUGCGGCGCAGAAUAAUGAUGCUGUGAUUUGAGCACCGGGAGAUGGUAGGUCACACUGUUGGAGUUAAU